UCUAUACACGGACACGUGAAGGCACGUACCAACUUCCGGUUAGCUCUCCCGAUUGGCACUUCUAAUAACAACCAUCGGUCAUCGUGUUCAAAUAUGAAUCCUGUCUUGCGAAAGGUGCUGAGUCAAUCGCUGUUACUCUGCAGGGCUCCAGCGUGCUCCCAACUGACUGCGUGGGGAGGCGUGGCUCAGACUCAAGAAAGGCGAUACAGAGGCUCUCCGACCGAAGGCAUUGGGAGAUGGCGGCAUCUCUUAUCCAGAGAAGCGCCAAAGAAAAAGAAAGACAAGCAUCAAAUGCAGAGCAUCACGGCCCCCACAAGCGUGGCAUACGGCACCCUCAACGUCAAUGUGUCGGGCUAUGACAUGACCGUGGUGGAACACUACGCUCAGUAUAUCCACAACCUCUGUAACCGCCUCGGCAUCAGCGUGGCAGAAAGCUAUGCGGUGCCUACCCAAAACACCGAGGUGAUGCUGAUGCAGGAGAGUGGCACCAAGAUGUACGUCGACUCACUUCUCAAGACGCAUAAACGUGUCAUUCAGUUAAGCAGCUUGAAGGCGACGCUGUGUCCCGUCUUGAUGGACGUCCUUGUGAAGAACCAGCCGGAAGGGGUCAACCUGUCAGUCAAGGAGCACACGGAGGCCGACUUCCUGGCCCGCUUCAAGGCGCGACCCGAGCUGGAGGGUCUCGUGGCUCAGAUAGGCCAAUAGGUUGUGUGCAAAAAAAAAA